AUGUGUAUCCCCUCCCCCGGAUUGAUGAGUUAUUGGAUGUGAUUGGGGGUGCUCGAUUUUUCAGCAAGUUUGAUGUUCGUCAUGGGUUCCAUCAUCUUCUUGUCCGGGAGGAAGAUCGACCGAAAACAACGUUUGUGCUUUUCGAAGGUACGUGGCAAUGGAUUCGAUGCCUGAUGGGUAUUUGCAACGCCCCUGCGACUUUUCAGCGGGCUAUGAACAUGGCUUUUCAGAAUUUCGUAUGGAAGACUCGCUUGGCGCAGAGCAUUAUCAACUACUGCGUGAUCGUGUACAUGGAUGACAUCCUGGUGUAUUUGAGCUCCUGCGAGGGACACGUGCAGCACAUCGAAUGGGCACUGCAUGCGUUACGAGAUGCCGGCUUCAAGGUGGCGCUUGAGAAGUGUCAGUUUUUCCUCACCACCAUUUCUUUCCUGGGGCACGUGGUGACAAACAAGGGACUCCAACUGGAGCCGCAGAAGGUGGCAGCUGUCAGGGACGCGCUAGUGCCUACCACUAUCACGCAAGCUCGCUCCUUUCUGGGCCUAGCCUUGUAUUACCGAGGAUUUAUCAAGGGCUUCGCGGCGAUUGCGGGACCCCUCACGAAUCUCCUGCGCAAGGAUCAGCCGUUGAUCUGGACGCCGGAGUGCGAUCAAUCGUUUUCCAAACUCAAGGCUGCUCUCAUUUCGGCUCCGGUCCUUAUUAGACCGUAUCCCGAAAAACCUUUUGUUCUCAUCACCGACUGGCAGCCAGAGGCGAUUUCGGCGAUCCUUGCCCAGGUGGGACCAAGCGGAUUCGAGAAUGUGGUGGAAUAUGCGUCUAAAUCAGUAUUCGCCUGCAAGCGCAACUAAUUGUUUUGUUCUACCCUCCCUGCAUCCCCUCCUCCUCUGUCAUCAUGACUGCCCCACUUGCCUCUGCAACCCCUUCAUCCCCUACUAAUUCUGCCCCUCUAAUGUCCUCCGCUUUCUUUGCCACCCCCCCGACAAAUUCUGUUAUUUUUGCACGUGCAUCGCACGGGUUUACGGGGUCGAUUGUCAUUCCUUCGAAACCGGGUUUGUCGAUUGGGUAGAAUGUGCCACGCGUGUCAAUCGUGCGCACGGAGCCUGCGUUCGAUAUUGAACGAAUAGCAAGGAAUGAAGGUGCCCUCUGUGU